AAAAAAAAAAAUUCCAUUCACCUUUAAAAUUUUCCACACUUCGUGAAAAAACGAUUAAAAAUACAUUAUUUAUUUUGUACAUUAAUGAAUAAUUUGAAAGAACCUGCCUCUAAGUAAAAAAAAUGUUGGUUAUAAAAUGAAAAUUUGAUUGAGAAUGCGCGUGAAUGAUGGCGCCAAUAGGGACGCCAUUUUUUUUCUCAAAGUGUUGUGUCGUGUCUCUCUGUUAAAAUCAAGUUGAACUCUGGUUGCCGUAAAUUUUCCCCAUCCAACAUAUUUUCAUUAAUAAUUUCCAUUGAAAAUCCAUCGUAUUUUGUUGUUUAAUGGAGAAAUAAUGCAUACCUUAGUGCAUCGGAAAAUAGGUUGAUAAUUUUUUUUUUUUGGAGAAGUAAAAGAAAAUGCAAGCGGAGAUUUGUACAAACGUCAUCGAUGGAUUUGAAGCUGAAACAUUCAUUCCAGAGGAGAAUUAUAUUUUGUCCUGUGAUAUUAUACAGCGAAAUCGAUCACAGGAUGCCUUGUCCAUAGUUGAAUUGGGAAAACAACUUCUCGAGUGUGCAAGAAAUGGAGCUACAGAUUUGGUUAGAGAUCUCAUGUGUCGAGGGGCACCGUUCACAACAGACGGGUUGGGAACGAGUGCAUUGCAUUUGGCAGCUCAGAAAAAUCAUACGGAAACUGCUGAGGUUUUGCUUAGAGCUGGAAUAUCGAGAGAUGCACGAACUAAAGUUGAUCGUACACCUUUACAUUUGGCUGCUUAUGAGGGACAUCAUCAAAUGGCACAAUUACUCCUUAAAUAUGGAGCAGACGUCGAUAGUCGCGAUAUGCUAAAAAUGACUCCACUGCAUUGGGCGGUAGAGAAACAGAAUUUAGAAGUAAUUCACGUGUUAUUGGACAAUGGGGCUGAUACGAACGCAAACAGUAAAUUUAAUAAAACGCCAAUUAGUAUUGCCCUGGAGAAGGAUAGAUUGGAUUUGGUGGAUCUUUUACAACAGGAGAGAGUCAGUACAUUUCAUGGGCAAUCGUGUGCUGUUGAAUUGGAAGUUGCUACACAAAAUUUAGUCGAUCUGGAAAGCGAGAGGCAAAAGGAUCAUCAAGUCAAAUUUCAAUUACCAGACGCUGUACCUAAACGUAAACCAAAUUCUGCCAAGAAGGAGAGGGUAAUUUUCCGUCAAGUACCAAUUUCAUCAGCGAGCGAUGAGGAUCAGGAAUUUGACCUGGGCAGUAUUACGAAUAUGAAUAAUAAUUCAUCACCGGGAAAUAGUAAAAAGCACAAAGAUCUGGAGAGCGUGGAAAUUGAUCAACCUUUAAGAUUGUUACAAGCGCACGGACUUGCAAUGAUGAUGGACAAUGAUACAAUUGUCGAAAAUGCAAUGGAAAGCGGACAAACUGUCGUUCUAACUGAAGCGGGAAAAUUGGCAUUAAACUUAACAAGAUCGCCGCCACUGAGCAUAAAACGAUUACAAUUCGGUGCGAAAAAGGGAUCGUCAAAGAAAUUAAUUGCCAUUCGGACUGAUCAAUUUUUAGCCCACAAUCAAUCCGGAAUAACUGCACGAGCGCCAAAUAUUUUGAAAAGGAACGCCAUUGAGUCAAAAUCGGGAAAGGUUUUUAUUAAUCCAGUUACGAAUUCAACGACCGUUCCGACGCUCACGCCGCCGAAAAAUACAACCCCCAAGCAAAAAACAAAAGCAGCAUCACCAAUAAAAGUGCCAGAACCAGUGAUAUUACAAUUAGAAGACGAAAUAGAAGAGGUAGAAGAUGAUAAUAAUUUUUCGGAGGAUAAUUCCGAACCAAUAACCGAUGUUGCCGAGCUCAGCAGACAAUUAGCGGAAGCAAGAAGGGAAAUAGCAGUGUACAAAAAGCGAUUUCAGAAAAAAGUCGAGGAAGCCGAAGUGUAUAAGCAGCAGAUAAAAAAUUUUACAGCUCAAAAAACGAAUCAGUGAAUUUUUAUCAAGAUUAUUUAUUUUCAAUUAUUUUUUCCAAGAAUUCUGAUUAUGAAAAAUAAUUUCUCUCCUCUGAAAAAUGGAAAUUUUUUUCUACUCAGUUUUCUUUAUUCAAUGAAGAAGUGAACGCGAAAAGUAGGAAAAAAAAACAAUUUUUCUUGUUUAAAAAAAAAAGAUUUUUAAAUUUCGCUUUUACAUCUUCAUUUUCUUUGGGAAUUAUUAGAAAAAUUAAAAUUACUCUCCAUUUCUUUGUAAAAUAAUUUUUAAAAACUAAUAUUGGAAAUUUAAUUUUAAUUUUUCUAAUUGAAAUUGAAAAUUUUUUUU